AUGGGCGCGAGCGCUGGACGGUCACUAGACUUGAUGGACGAUAGGUACUUAUCCACCACGACCCUUCUUCUCCGCAUUCUCCGCGUUCCAAGACCCCGAAAAGCAUCAGAGACAGGCUUAAGUACUUACAAUCUCUUCCACAUCCUGAGGCUGGGCACGUCACUCAAGAGUCAAGACUCUCGGGGGGAGACCGGAGUACAAAAGAGGGGUCUUGGAAAAGUCUCUAGUUGA